AGUCAAUCUUUUUUCUUUUUGAGGUUUCCUUCCUUGUUUAAUUUUACACCUAUUUGAUGCUCUAUGGAUGAAACAGUCUCAUAUCACUUUGCCACAGUCAAACAAAGACGAGAAAAUAGACAUGAAAUGUACCCCAUAAAGAAUUGAUGUGGCCUUUUCACAAGUAUUCACAAAUUUUUUUAGUGACUAUCAACUCACUUUAAGGCAACAGCCCAAACAAUCGCGCAUGUGUGGCGUGGGCGAAAAAGCUGACAGAAGACCGAUCGAUCCACCACCCAUUGUCCAGCUUCGAGUAUUCGACCCCAAGUUACCCGUGGCCGAAAAAAAUGGCUACCUACAGAACCCAUAUUAUUUCAUGUACGCCUCGUUAAUGGCAGCCGAUUUAGAUGAGGAACUUCAUUUGCUGCGAGAUGGAAAGACAAGAAGCACUACAGGUUCAGUAGUGUCCUCCUUGUAUCAUUUGAAAGAUAUCGACAACACGGAUGCAGGAUUUUUUGUGUUUCCAGAUUUAUCGGUUCGAAUGGAAGGGAGCUAUCGCUUGAAAUUAAGCCUGUUUGAAAUCAUCGGCAAAGAAGUCUUUCACUGCAGGUCAAUUAUAUCACACAAAUUCUCUGUAUAUUCUGCGAAAAAGUUUCCAGGAAUGGAAGAAUCCACCUUUUUGUCAAGAUCAUUUGCAGAUCAAGGUCUAAAAAUCCGAAUUAGAAAAGAAUUGAGACAACGAAGAAAACUCAGUAAGAUAAGCGAUACGGAAGAAACCAGCAGUGUCAAUGAGAAUGAUAACAAUACACCAUCCACAAGCAAGUUUCUUCCAGCAGGAGCUAAAAGGGCCAGAGUAGCACAAAAUAACGACACAACUUCCAACUAUGUAACAUAUCCACCAAAACAAUCCAGUUGGACUCCGCCGAUUAUAGAACAUGGUAGAUAUUAUACGCAGGAGGCUAGCAGCAGUAGUAGUAGCAGUACGGCGAUACCGGCAGAUCGCCGUCCUUAUUAUGUGAAUAAAGAGUCAAAUCUAUAUCAGGAUACCACAAAUAAUCAUAGUAAUAGUGGUACUCGAUAUCAACAAGAAAUACCACACACUUCGCCUAAUCAUCCUUAUUCCUCAUACCGUCCUAAUCAAAUAUCAUAUUUUUAUCCACAAAAUUACCCUCAGCCUACUUCUUCUCCUCCUCCAUCCCAUCAAUUAACACCCCAACAUUUGCCUCCACCUCCACCUCCUCAUUAUUGAUUCAAUAAAACCUAUUUUUUUUUUCUCUCUUGCCUGUCGCUCUUUUAAUCAC